AUGGAAAAUACGAAUGCUAGAAUAUGCGUGUCCUGUAAAAAGGAAAGGCCAAACGACGAGCCAGAAGAAACCAGAAAGUUUAAAUUGUGCACGAAGUGUCGCAUCUCUAAACGAGAAAGAAUGAGAGAUUUCCAUCGAAAGGUCAAACAGACUUUUCAAAACGGAGACAGGAUAUGCGGGAAAUGUAAGAAGAAGAGGCCAGAUGAUGAACCAGAAGAAACUAGAAAGCUUUAUCAAUGCAUAGAGUGUCGUCUCUAUAACAUUCAAUACCAGAAAGCGGUGCGGUCAUAUAUCCAGAGGAGUUGUGAAAAUGGAGUUAGGUUGUGUAUCAAAUGUGGGAAGGAAAGGAAGAAUGAUGAGCCAGAGCUGGCCCAAAAGUUCAAAGCUUGCCCAAGCUGUCGUCUCUAUCGACGUCAAAAAAAUAAAACUUCGCCCAAGAACAUCAAGGAGAGUCUUAAUAGUGGAAUUCGAAUAUGCCUGAGAUGUCGAAAGAAGAGACCAGACGAUGAACCGGAGGAAGACAGAAAUUUCAAGUCAUGCUCAGCAUGUCGACGAAAUGAUCGCCAAAAAAAGAACGAGAUCCGCAGAACUAUCAAAGAAAGAAGUAAUAGUGGCACUAAGUUAUGUCUCAAAUGUGGAAAGGCCAGGCCAGAUGAUGAGCCAGGGGAAGCUAAAACCCUCAAAUUGUGCCCAGCGUGUGUUCUACAUACGUCUCAAGGAGAAAGGGUAAGCAUUGCUUCCCAUGACAUCCCUUCCGAGGCGAAGGCACAAGUCUCAUCCUACGCGAACAAGGAAGAAACACACAUCUCGUACCCCCUACCCACCGUGGACCAUUUGUAUAACUUCGAUGCUCAUUCGAAGUUUCCUCCAAGUGUAGAAGCACCCCCCAAUAGUGACUUCGUUCAGACUGCACCUUCGGUUCAAUAUGAGUUAAACUUUCCAACGUGGUCCGCAGUUGGAGAUAAUGAGUGCACACAUCUACAGAUUCUGGAGUCAGGAAUGUCAGAUCUCUUUCCUAUAUACCAAGAUCCUGAGCCCACGAGAUUGAAAACUGAAGAAGUCCUGGGACCUAUGAAAGACCCGGACAAUGUGGACGUAUCGAUUCCCAUAUCGGAUAUGGAAGUCAUUUCAAACAAAGAUGAUGAAGAUAUCGAGUGGGCCGAGGAACCAUGCUUCCACCUGAUAGAUUUCUCGGACUCAAGGUUGCUGGACAUAACGCGGUCAGAUCCUGAAUUACGGCAUGAGUAUCGAAAAUGUUUGGAAAAUGAAGGUGUUAUGAGCUUUUUGGAGCGAUAUAUACCAGACACCAUGAAUAAGUUUGAUAUUUGCAAAAUGAUCAUCGAUUUAGGAUAUCCUAAAGAAAGUAUUGAAGAUUAUGAACAUCUUACACUGACUGAAGCUAUUCAGGUUUUAAUUGAGUUAAUUCGAAAAGACAUUUCCCAAGAAACUGAUUGUUGA